AGUAACAUGCUUGGCGCUGCUGGCCCACGCGCACCCUUAGGUGGCCCCGACAUUAUGAACCAGGUUGAACAAACGCAGAUGAGCCUGCAUUGGGUGCCCCUGCCCUACAUCGACUACGAUGGCGGCCGUCGACUUGGAGAAAGCCAUGUCCUCUACUUUCAGAACAAAGGCGGGCAUGAAUUUGCCCUUUCGUUGGUGAAGCAGCGCGGCCGCGACGCAAUCAAUGACCUCGUAGGCAGGGAUACACCAGCACCCUUGGGUAACGCGUCGGCGAAGCUAUCAAUUCGCUUGCAUUUUGAAGGCACUAUUCAGUACACGAGACAGAUCAUGGCCCGCCGAUCAACUGCUCAUGCCGAACCCAUCUCAAUGGGGAACCUGGCUUACAAAAUUGCGCUUGAAAUGGAGGCGUUCAUGAGAGACGGGAGGAAAGGGCCAACCCCUUCGAUACCGAGGACGUGACGUCGAGUUCUCUGAGCUGCUAUUGUGGCGGCUUCGUCAAUGCUCCUUAGGUUCUUGGGUCCCGGAGUUCAUGAUUGCGGAAUGGCAAUACCGUGACUGAAGCCUUCAUUUCUCGACCAAACUACUCCUUGUCCAGCCUAACAUCGUCCUCGUAUGUGUAUGAGUAGUAACAUAUUCCUACCUGAAAGAUGAUAUGUAGUGCCCGGCGCACUACAA